GGAAUAAUAUGAUAUAUAGAAAUUUAAAGGAUAAUUUUUGUCAGUCUUCAUUAUAACAACAUGGGGGAAGGCUACGUUUUAUGCAUUUUAUUAGUCAGUUUUGCAACCGCAUAUGGUAAUCUUAUCGCAUGUGGUCGUUCUCAACCACUCGUCUUGAACGCUCCUUCAGGAACUAUUUACAGUCCAGGUUAUGAAAAUAAACAAAAAUAUCCCCCAAGAACUCAAUGCUCUUAUUUAAUCCAUGCACCGGAAGGACAAAGAGUACAACUGACUUUCAAAGAUUUCGAACUCGACGUUGCAGAGCAUUGCAGUGGCGACAGAUUGUCAAUACAUGAAGGAAAGGACUUGAGAGCUCCAGUAUUACAUGUUUUAUGUGGAAGCGAAUUGCCAAGGGAUGUUAUGUCGGUAAAAAAUGUAAUGCUAAUUGUAUUCCAAACUGAUUUCAUGAUUCAGAAGAGAGGAUUUCACAUAACUUAUAAAAUGACAACAGUUCCGACUGUGUGCAAUUACCCAAGUGAAGGAAUGUGCAGAAAUAGAAAAUGCAUACCUGCUUCGAAACGGUGUAAUGGUGUUGAUGAUUGCGGAGACGGAAGUGACGAACAAUGUCCAAACGUUGCUGUUCCUCCAAAUCCUACUUGCGGAGUUCAGAAAAUUUCUCCAGUUCUCAAUUCAAUGGAGGAAAGAAUCAUAGGAGGUCGAGAAGCAAUACCUGGUAGUUGGCCUUGGCAAGUUGAUCUGCAAUUAAAUUAUGUAAAUCCCAACGGACACAUGUGCGGUGGUGCGAUCGUAAAUUCUCAAUGGGUUAUCACAGCUUCUCAUUGUUUUCAGCCACAACCAAAUAAACUUGCAUGGCGUCUUCAUUUUGGUAAGCACAAUAAAUUUACUGAAGACAAGACUGAAGUCGUUAGAUACGUAGAUAGAUUAGUUAUUUAUCCUGAUAUUCCCGAAGAGACGUUUAUGAAAACAAGACAAUUCAAUAUUCGAGAUGAUUUAACUUUGUUGAAGCUAAGUACUCCUAUUAAUUUCACCGAUUACAUACAACCAGUUUGUUUACCAACAAAAAAUAUGAGGUUCCCUGUUGGUACUGAUUGCUAUUCUACGGGAUGGGGAAUGACUAGAGGAUCUGGAAAAACUGAAGUUCUGAAACAAGUCGUGAUGACAGUUUUGAAUCCUUCAGCGUGUGUCGGUCCAUUUAUGCCUUUUAAUCCGAAUACCAUGUUGUGCAUGGGUGUCAGGAAACAAGGAAAAGGAGUUUGUCAUGGCGACAGCGGUGGGCCUUUGGUAUGCAAAUAUACUGACAACAAGUGGUAUUUGGCAGGUCUUGUGAGUUUUGGUACCGAUGCAAACUAUCAAUCUGGUUUAUGCGCUAUAGGACAAUCCGCAACUUCUUUCUCUCAUGUGGCAGUAAAAAUUGAUUACAUUCAGCAAAUUUUGAAAAAAUACAGUUAAUUUCAUAGAUGUUAUCACAAAUUUGAAAUAAAAUAUUUUCAAAUGCU